CUUCAGCUCACUGGUCGACUUGUCCCCGAAAGUGGUGGACAUCGCCGGAAUGACCCACAGAGUGGCAGAACUCGUGGAAGAACUCAACAGUGUCCGGGAUCGCAAUCCUUCUUCUUGGAUAGGUGAGGACUGUUGGUCCCUGCUGCAUCCUUCAUCUUCCUCUUCGAGUGAUCCUCCAAUUCCAAUCUAUGACAUUGGGAAGCUUUCGGUCGCUGUUCCAUCCAGAACUGGACCUCCAGAUCAAGUUAAAGAGCAACAUCCUGAUCAUGGGACCGAGCAGCUGUGGGAAGACGAGCCUGUUGAGGACUCUGCGCGGCCUCUGGCCCCGAUACUCAGGAAGCCUGAAAUGCCAACUCCCCGUGACUCCAAGGCACAUACUCUUCAUGCCACAGAGGCCUUUCUUCACAGACGGCAGCCUCCUCGAUCAAGUUAUCUAUCCCCUCCAGGACAGAGGAAAUGGGGUCCAGUGGUAUGAUGAAAGCUUGAUUGAGAGUCUUCAACUCGUCGAUCUACUUCCGCUCGUUGACAGAAUCGGAGGUCUUAGGACUCCAGUCAGCUGGAACUGGUAUGUACCGUGUAUUUCUCCCAUACAAUACAA